AUGCACGUCCAAACCGACCGCCUGACCCUCCGCGAAUUCUCCACAUCGGACGUUCCCUCCGUCUACGCCCUCGAAUCCCUGCCCGAAGUCGUGAGGUACCAAACCUGGCCCCCCCGCACCCUCGCGGAAGCCUCAUCCGUCGUCCACGAGAUCAUCGCAACCCGCUCAGAAUCCCCCCGCCAGCACGUCGAGUUGGCUGUGGAACUCCACGAUGGUGCCUUCCUCGGCCUUGUCGGCGCGUGGAUAGAUGGAGGCAAGGCGUCGCUGUGGUUCGCGGUUAUGCCGGAGGCGUGGGGGAGAGGAUAUGCGACUGAGGCGAUGCGGGCGUUUAUACCGCUGCUGGGGAACGUGAGGCUGGAGAUUGAGUGUGAUCCGAGGAAUACGGGAUCGUGGAAGCUGGCUGAGAGGUUGGGGUUUGUGAGGGAGUCUUUAACGGAGAGGGCGGAGGAGGUUAAGGGGGAGUGGGUGGACACGGUAGUGUAUAUGAUGGCGGCGUGGAGCAGGGCUGAAAAUGUGGUAGGACAUAGGACGGGCACGGGAGGUUGA